CUCACAGCUGCUUCCUUCCUGCGCAUCGGGCAGCUGAGCAAUGUGGACCUCAAUGAGGACGUCCAUGAGCUGGAGACGGAGCUCCCUCGGCAGCAUCCCAACGAGAUCCCCCACAAUGAGAAGCUCCUGUCGCUCAAGUAUGAGAGCCUGGACUAUGACAACAGUGAAAACCAGCUGUUCCUGGAGGAAGAGAGGAGGAUAAACCACACGGCUUUCCGGACAGUGGAGAUCAAGCGCUGGGUCAUCUGUGCCAUGAUCGGCAUCCUCACCGGCCUUGUCGCCUGCUUCAUCGACAUCGUGGUGGAGAACCUGGCAGGGCUGAAGUACCGCGUGGUGAAGGGCAACAUUGACAAAUUCACAGAGAAAGGAGGCCUGUCUUUCUCCCUGUUACUUUGGGCCACCCUCAAUGCCAGCGUGGUGAUGGUGGGCUCCGUGAUCGUUGCUUUCAUAGAGCCUGUCGCAGCUGGCAGUGGCAUUCCCCAGAUCAAAUGCUAUCUCAACGGUGUGAAGAUCCCACACGUCGUCCGCCUCAAGACCCUGGUGAUCAAAGUCUGCGGGGUCAUCCUCUCAGUGGUCGGCGGCCUCGCCGUUGGGAAGGAAGGACCCAUGAUUCACUCUGGAGCAGUGAUUGCUGCUGGGAUCUCCCAGGGAAGAUCUACAUCUUUAAAGCGAGACUUCAAGAUCUUCGAGUACUUCCGCAGAGACACAGAAAAGAGAGACUUUGUUUCGGCUGGAGCUGCUGCUGGCGUCUCGGCUGCGUUUGGUGCCCCUGUGGGGGGUGUCCUCUUCAGCUUGGAGGAAGGGGCUUCCUUCUGGAACCAGUUCCUGACUUGGAGAAUUUUCUUUGCCUCCAUGAUCUCUACAUUCACUCUGAACUCUGUCCUGAGCGUUUACCAUGGCAAUGCUUGGGAUCUCUCCAGCCCUGGCCUCAUCAACUUUGGCAGGUUUGAUACUGAGAAAAUGGGAUACACAAUCCAGGAAAUUCCUAUCUUCAUCUUUAUGGGAGUGGUUGGUGGGAUCCUCGGGGCCCUGUUCAAUGCCCUCAAUUACUGGUUAACGAUGUUCCGGAUCAGGUACAUCCACCGGCCCUGCCUCCAGGUGGUUGAGGCCAUGCUGGUGGCAGCAGUGACUGCGACCGUGGGCUUCGUCAUGAUUUACUGCUCAAGAGACUGCCAGCCCAUCCAGGGGAGCACGGUGGCAUAUCCCCUGCAGCUUUUCUGUGCUGAUGGAGAGUACAACUCCAUGGCCACUGCCUUCUUCAACACACCUGAGAAGAGUGUUGUCAACCUCUUCCAUGACCCUCCAGGUUCCUACAACCCGAUGACACUGGGCAUGUUCACACUGAUGUAUUUCUUCCUGGCCUGCUGGACCUAUGGCCUCACGGUGUCGGCAGGGGUCUUCAUCCCCUCCCUGCUGAUCGGUGCUGCCUGGGGGAGGCUCUUUGGCAUUUCCCUGUCCUACCUAACCAAAGGCUCGAUCUGGGCUGACCCCGGGAAGUACGCUCUGAUGGGAGCUGCCGCUCAGCUGGGUGGAAUAGUGCGGAUGACGCUGAGUCUCACGGUCAUCAUGAUGGAGGCGACAGGCAAUGUCACUUACGGUUUCCCCAUCAUGCUGGUGCUGAUGACAGCGAAGAUUGUGGGAGACUAUUUUGUGGAGGGACUCUACGACAUGCACAUCCAGCUGCAGAGCGUGCCUUUCCUGCACUGGGAAGCCCCAGUGACGUCCCACUCCCUCACGGCCAGGGAGGUCAUGAGCACUCCUGUCACCUGCCUGCGGAGGAUUGAGCGAGUGGGCACGGUUGUGGACAUCCUCAGUGACACCUCCUCCAACCACAAUGGCUUCCCGGUGGUUGAGAGCAACCCUGAUGCCACACAGGUGGCAGGCUUGCGGGGCUUGAUCCUGCGCUCCCAGCUCAUUGUUCUGCUGAAGCACAAGGUUUUCGUGGAAAGGGCCAACCUGAGUCUGGUGCAGCGACGGCUGAAGCUGAAGGAUUUCCGGGAUGCCUACCCCCGCUUCCCCCCUAUCCAGUCCAUCCAUGUCUCUCAGGAUGAGCGUGAGUGCAUGAUCGACCUCAGCGAGUUCAUGAACCCUUCACCCUACACUGUGCCUCAGGUAACGGCCAGGGACCCCCUGCACCCCAGCAUCCUNNNNCUCUUCCGAGCCCUGGGACUGCGGCACUUGGUGGUUGUGGACAAUCGCAACGAGGUGGUGGGCAUGGUCACCCGCAAGGACCUUGCCAGGUACCGGCUGGGGAAGGAAGGCCUGGAGGAGCUCUCACUGGCACAGACGUGA